GCAGAAUGACAUUUUCUAUCAUUAUGCAAAAAAAACAACAAAAAAACAAAAAACAGUUUUGGCAGACAUCCCUUAAAUAAAAACGUGCAUGUUCAAGCUAAACUUGAAGAGAAAAGGUUUGCUAGACACGUAUCCCUAUAUAUAUAUAUAUUAGGAAAACUCUUCAACUUGCCACCAGUUUGUAAAGGGAUGAGGCAUAAAUAAGAAUGAGAAGUAUUCUAGUGAGUAAUUUGGAGCACAUACAAAUUGAUAGAUGAAGCCCCCUUUAAAGGCUGUCACGUUGUUUAUCUUAAAAGCGGCCAAGGGAGGGGAGAGAAAGAAGCGGACUGGAUAUCAAAUGAAAACAAAGCCAUUAAAUAGAUUGACAGGUGUGGUUUGUGUGAGAUCUCUAUGAAAGUGUCAGGGUGACGUUGGCAGUUGGAGGAGGAGUAACGAAGUGAAGCAGGAAAAGCAGCUCGAUGUGUCUGUCUAUCAGUUGAGACUGUCUGAGAAGCCCUGGGAUCUGAAUGUCUUGUUAUAUGACACUGAGAGGGGACACUGGAUCUCCUCCUUUCCCUGGAGUUCACACACACUCUGGGAUUUUCUUCUCCCCUAAUUCAAGAUCGAGAGAAGUCUGUCAUUGUGUAGGAUGAUGCCUUCCAGCUGACAGCGUGCUCCUGUAGCGAUGGUGUGGGCACGAGAGAGCCACUAAAGUGCUGCCCGGAGAUGCUACAAUCUCUCCCGACUCAGGGCAUCCCCGCUGUCUUAUCACCGGCGGCAGAAGGAGCAAAGGAGGCGCCGGAUGGAUCACAAAUGAUCGCCACUAAUUCCCAAGCCGCCAGCAGCUGAACAGGGAGGAAAAGUUGCUGCUUGCGAGGAGCCUCUUCUUUGAUGUUGGAGAAAGGGCUGUAGGGGGAGUGACUGCGCUUUCCCCGAGUCACAAGUGUAUGAAUAGGACACAUCCACAAUCCGGCCGGGGAGCAUGGAAUUUCACUGAUCCUAGCCGGCCUGGGCUUAUACGUUCGGAAAACUAAUUGGCAUCUUUUUGGCGGUGAUAAAACUGUGGGCACAUAAUCGGCGGAAAGAGAAGAAAAAAGGGAAGUUGCCCGGGGCAGGCAGACUGUGUGUGAUAGCGCCUCGCCGACUGAAGCAGCUGCCCACAUCUGCCUCUGGACUCCUCAUCAUUCCCUAAGCCUCAAAACUUCUCCCUUUACCUACCCCAGACGGCCUUCCAACACUCACAUUUUUUAUUUCAUCAUUUUCCUUGAAAAUCCUGCAUGAACAGUGAGGGAUCGGAGAAGCCCCCCAGCUGUGCCAGCAGGAUGCCUAGGAGAAAACAGCAAGCCCCCCGGCGCUCUGCAGCAUAUGUUCCUGAAGAAGAAUUAAAGGCAGCUGAUAUUGAAGAAGAUAAUUUGGAAGAUGAUGGCCUCUCCCUAGAUGUUCAGGAUAGUGAAUAUUUAUACAAUGAUGAACAUGAAAUCAAAGAGACUCCGAGCUACCAAAACUCUCCUAUUAGCAGUGCAACCAAUCAGGAUGCUGGCUAUGGAUCACCAUUUAGCGAGACAAGUGACCAUCUAGCAGAUUUCAAAAGUACCUCCUCUAAAGAGGGACAGGAUAAGGAAGAUGGACAGAAUACAGAAAAUGUUUCUUACCCUACAGACAGCUUGGCACAGAUUAAAGCAGUGUAUACAAAUUUACUCUCAGAAUGCUGCUGGUCUAAUUUAGCGCUAGAUUUGAAAAAAUCGAAUGAAAAUUCAAGCCCAACAACAAACACCAAUAAAAGCAGCAUGAGUGAGGCGACUGGUUCUACAUCUGACCCUGAUACACCUACUACUAUCACAAGCAGUAAUUGUACAAAUACAAGUACUAGUAUUAGUGUUACUACAAGUAAUAGUACCAAUAGUAAUAGUGCUUCAGGGUAUGAUUGGCACCAGGCUGCUUUAGCCAAAACUUUACAACAAACCUCAUAUGGACUUCUGCCGGAGCCCAGCCUAUUCAGCACAGUGCAACUCUAUCGACAAAGUAAUAAAAUUUAUGGAUCUGUUUUUACUGGUGCCAGUAGGUUCAAAUGCAAAGAUUGCAGUGCGGCGUAUGACACUUUAGUAGAACUAACUGUACACAUGAAUGAAACAGGUCACUAUCGUGAUGACAAUAAAGACCGGGAUGCUGAAAGAACAAAGCGUUGGUCUAAACCCAGAAAAAGAUCACUCAUGGAAAUGGAAGGUAAAGAGGAUGCUCAGAAGGUUUUAAAAUGCAUGUACUGUGGACAUUCAUUUGAAUCAUUGCAGGACCUCAGUGUCCACAUGAUCAAAACGAAGCAUUACCAAAAAGUGCCUCUGAAAGAGCCAGUACCAGCUAUCACAAAACUCAUCCCUUCCACAAAAAAGCGAGCACUUCAAGACAUUGCUUUGCCAGAUUCACCUGAACAAGCAGGGAUUUCCCCUGGAGCUUCGGUGAGUGAAUCUGCAAAGGACCCAAAAGCUGCCAACCCGUAUGUUACUCCUAACAAUCGAUACGGCUACCAAAAUGGUGCUAGUUACACAUGGCAAUUUGAGGCAAGAAAAGCGCAAAUUUUAAAGUGCAUGGAGUGUGGCAGCUCUCAUGACUCAUUGCAGCAGCUUACUGCUCAUAUGAUGGUCACAGGACACUUUCUGAAAGUGACAAACUCAGCUUCCAAGAAGGGAAAGCAGUUAGUAAUGGAUGCAGUCAUUGAAGAGAAAAUCCAAUCUAUACCUUUGCCCCCAACAACGCAUGCACGGUUACCAGGAUCCUAUAUAAAAAAGCAACCAGAUUCACCAACUGGAUCGACCCAUUCCGAGGAGAAAAAAGAUCCAGAAAAGGAGAAAGUAAACAAUUGUGAGGUGGAAAAAAGGAUCAAAGAAGAAAACGAGGACCCUGAAAAGAUUGAACCAGCAACUCUGUACCAGUAUCUCAGAGAAGAGGAUUUAGAUACCAGUCCAAAGGGAGGACUAGAUAUUUUAAAAUCACUUGAAAACACUGUGUCCAGUGCAAUCAGCAAAGCUCAAAAUGGAGCACCUUCAUGGGGUGGAUAUCCCAGCAUUCAUGCUGCUUAUCAGUUGCCAGGAACUGUAAAAGCUUUGCAGCCAUCUGUGCAAAGUGUUCAGAUUCAGCCAUCGUAUGCGAUCAGUGUAAAGACCAUGACUCCUGAUCAUAAUUCUUUGAUCCAUUCUCCUGGCAGCUUAACGCCACCAACUCAUAGAAGCAAUGUUUCUGCAAUGGAGGAGCUAGUAGAAAAAGUGACGGGUAAAAUCAAUGUUAAAAAAGAAGAAAAAGUGCUGGAGAAAGAGAUGGUGAUUCCAGCGAAACCACCAUCCCCAGUGGCAAAGGAAAACAAAGAAAUACUCAAAGCAGAAGAAGCAAACGGCAAAGUACUAAAGAAGAGUAACGAGGCUGAUAUUCAGAAACCCAAGAAGGAGACUCCUAUAGAGCCCCAUGCACUGAAUGGUACAGAGCCACUUAAAGCUAAAGUUACUAAUGGCUGCAGCAGUUUAGGAAUCAUAACAGAUCAUUCACCAGAGCCAUCUUUUAUUAAUCCUCUGAGUGCAUUGCAAUCAAUCAUGAAUACUCAUUUAGGUAAAGUCUCAAAGCCAGUAAGCCCUUCAUUGGAUCCUUUAGCGAUGUUGUAUAAAAUUAGCAACAGCAUGCUAGAUAAACCCAUUUAUCCAACAACCCCUGUAAAGCAAGUAGAAUCUAUUGAGCGCUAUUAUUAUGAAGAUAGUGACCAGCCAAUUGACUUGACAAAAUCCAAAAACAAACCUUUUGUGACAAGUAUCACAGACCAUGUUUCAUCACCCCUGCGGGAAAGUGCACUGAUGGACAUUUCUGAUAUGGUGAAAAACCUCACAGGUCGUUUAACUCCAAAAUCAUCAACUCCAUCCACUGUGUCAGAAAAAUCGGACGCAGAUGGCAGCAGUUUUGAAGAAGCUAUGGAUGAGUUGUCACCUGUACACAAAAGGAAAGGCAGGCAAUCCAACUGGAACCCUCAGCAUCUCCUUAUUCUUCAAGCUCAGUUUGCUUCCAGCUUACGAGAGACAGCUGAAGGCAAAUAUAUCAUGUCAGAUCUUGGUCCACAAGAACGGGUAAACAUCUCUAAAUUUACUGGCCUUUCAAUGACUACAAUUAGCCACUGGCUAGCCAAUGUCAAAUAUCAAUUGAGGAGGACAGGGGGAACUAAAUUUCUAAAGAAUUUGGAUACAGGCCACCCGGUUUUCUUUUGCAAUGAUUGUGCCUCUCAAUUCCGAACUGCUUCAACAUACAUUGGUCAUUUAGAGACGCAUCUAGGUUUUAGCUUGAAGGAUCUGUCAAAGCAUUCACUUAAUCGGAUUCAAGAACAGCAGAAUGUUACAAAAGUCAUCACCAAUAAGGCUUUAAGCUCUGUAGGAGGACUCAUUGAGGAGGACUCAAGCUCUACAUUCCAGUGUAAGCUCUGCAACCGGACUUUUGCAAGCAAACACGCAGUUAAACUGCACCUUAGUAAAACACAUGGGAAAUCUCCAGAGGACCAUGUGAUAUAUGUAACUGAAUUAGAAAAACAGUGACAUCCAGUUAUGCAGCCAGGUAUGCAAGUGACCACAAGAACAUUGCACUAAACUUAUUCAUAAUACUGCACUAGGCCUGACUUGAGCCUCAGAAAUCGGUCUUAUUUUUGUUGCUGAACUGCCUAUCUGGAAUUUUUUUUUUCUUACGCAUAUUUUAUAUUUAUAUUUAUAUUCUCUUUGUCUGAUUUGUGCAUGUUUUCUUUUUGUGAGUCAAUGUCUGACCUUUCAUUUUCAACAUUUGUUCUUGAUGUUAAGCUAUCUUUUGUAGAUUGUAGUGGGAGACACUAUUCGAAAGACAUUCAUUUAGCCGCAAAGAAACACAAAGAACAAUGAUUUAAAAAAAACAAAAACUGAACAUCCUAAAAUUAUCAAGUUGCCAUGACAAUAAAGGUCAGAACAUCUUGUGGUGUCAUGUUAACCCUUUGAGCACUGCCGUAGCAUUUCUGUGCCUUUUGAAACACAAGUUAACAGGUAUUUAUUUGAUUUUGUCAGUUCUGUACACAAUACAGAACGUUUUACAACGUCAUAUAUAAAUAUAUAUAUUUUUUUGGCAGAAUGCAAAUGCAAAAAUCUAGAUGUGACUCUGGGACAAAGGAGAAAAGCUAUUUAGUACUCUUGGGUUAUGAUGCCACUUAAGGGAAAAAUACUACAAAAUGUGAAAAAAAGGAUAUAAAUUCUCUAUAUAUACAGAGCAAAUAAAGAUGCCAUCAUGUUCUGAGUGCUAAAAUGUAUGCAAAUUUAUUAUUCAAAUAUGUAUAAAUGUUUCUAAUCUUUGAAGUAAAUACCGUAUCUAGAUAUUUGCAAAAAUAAGCUUUGGUAAAAGCUUACCUUCCUACAGUGUGCUGCAUUUUUCUCCCCCCUUUGCUACCAGCAGGUUAAAUACAUAUUUCAUUGCUGACUUAAUAACAGGAUAUUCUGGGGCAAAUAUUGGACUCUGUUUCUUGUAAAUAGUAGACAUUAAUUUAAGAGUACACACAGUAUCUUACCAUUUGAAACUGUUGCAGUUUCUUUAUACCUUCUGGCUGUCUGCUUUCAAUUUGGAAAUUUUUUAUGGUCAUUUUAUAUUCAAAUCCUGUGUAUAUAAAAUGUAAAAAAAAAAAUAAAAAAUCACAAUUUUUUAAAUAAAAAGUUUUAAGUUCCUGCAGAUUGACUUAAGCAGAGAAAUUUUGCUGGCACCUGCAUCUUUAGAUGUACGUACAAAAGAAACUGACAAAAAAAUCUCUGAAUAAAUACAAAUAAAGCAAUGCACUAUGAAUUAUACAUUUUUUUUAUGUUCUAUCAUUAAUAUUGUACAGUACAUUUCGGUUCACACAAUUAAAUCCACUCUUUUCUCAAGUGUGAAAUAAACCCACAUGCAGUUCUUGAUUUA